ACUAUCUUUCGCUUGUGCUCUCUCCCAUCCCUCUCUCUGUCUCCCUUUCACCGCUUCACUUCCAAUCUGUUCAGUCCCCAUCCUCCUCCGAUCCCUUUGAAACCCGUCAGGGGCAGGUUGGACCUCUUCGCGGGGCAGAUGCCCGUGACGGGUGGCGCGUCUUCCUCCUUCCACUCCCCCCCCGAGGCCCCUUUGAUCCCUCGCCUUUGGAAAAGCUGAACCGGCGGCUGAGCUCACCCCACGGCUUUGCUCUCCCACCACCAGGUCGGCGCUGUUUGAGGAGAAGAGGCGGCUGGAGAGCCGGAUUGGGCAGCUGGAGGAGGAGCUGGAAGAGGAGCAGAGUAACAUGGAGCUCCUCAACGAUCGCUACCACAAGGUCACGCUGCAGGUGGAGACAGUGACCACCGAACUCUCGGCGGAACGCAGCCUCUCGCAGCGGCUGGAGAACACCAGGCAGCAGUUGGAGAGGCAGAACAAGGAGCUGCGGGCCAAGCUGCAGGAGCUGGAGGGGGUGCUGCGCUCUAAGUACAGGACCAACGUGGCUUCGCUCGAGCUGAAGAUCAGCCAGCUGGAGGAGCAGCUCGAACAGGAGAGCAAGUGAGUGACAGACUGGGUGAUCCAGGCCCACACUCCC